UCUGUGUGUCGGUUUCGGGCUCCAGUCGCCAUUUAGCGCGGAGACGUCCCCGGGGCGGCCGCGGCGGCUCCCGCUCCCUCCUCCCCGCCGCGGUCGCGGGGCGCCACCCGGACCCGGCUCACCUGUGGCGGCGGCAGUGCUCAGCGGCGGCGGGCGGCCCCCGGUGAGGAGAGGCUGCGAGCCGCGGGCGGGGGGCAGGAGGAGGGUUUCCGGCUCCGUGCGAGGCGGCGGCGGCUGCUGUUGGAAGGCAGCGCGGCCCGGCCCGGCCGUGCGCGGGCGGUGGCUGCCUGCCCGCCCGCCGGGAGGUGGAGGCCGCGGCCGCCAUGGGCGCCCCUGCGAGGCGGGGCUGAGUCCCCCCCCCCUCACCCCAGCCCCCUUUCCCUGCCCCCUUCGCCGCGGUGCGGGCGCUGGGCCUGCCCGGGCCUCCCCCGCCCGGUGCGAGUGACUGAGCGCAGUAGCUUCCUCCGCGGCCGGCGUGCGGGGCCUGCCCCCCUCUCCCCGCCUCGCCUCCCGACCCCUUCCCUCCUUUCCCCUCCCCUCCCCGACGGCCCUCGGUCCGGGGGAGGCUCCCGGACCUGCCCCGCUUUCUCACCAUCGCCGGGGAAUAAUUGCAGCGCGCUCCCUUCGCCUUAAAGCAACCGGGCGAGGCACCGGCUUCUCCCCGCCCGGGGGGCGCGUCUCGGGGCGCCUCCCUCCCCGCACGGGCCCGGUGUUUCUUGGGCUUUUCCUUCCCUUUGCCGCCCCCAUCCCCGCGCCCCGUUUCCGCUCCUGGUGCUCCAUGUCGGCCCCGCUGCCCGGCUCCCCGCUGCAGGAUGGAUGCAGACACUGACCGGGGACCCACCCCGCCGGCCCAGCCUCCCCAGCAGCCGCCUCCCAGCUCCGCCGUAAGGAGCCCUUGGGACCCUCCUCUCUUGCAGCUGCAACGGCAGCCGCGGACAGGCGCGCUCCCCGCUCAGUGACCGGCCCCUGCUCUCGCCUUCCCCCCCCCUCCUCCCCCCCCCCGCCGCCGCCGCCGCCUCCUCGCCCUAGCAGCGCUUCCCCGGGGCAUGAUGUCGGGGGGCGCCGCAGACAGCGGCACCCCGGCCCCUCGCUUCCUGGCUCCCCCGCCGCCGCCGCCCAAGAACGGUUCCAGCUCGGACAGCUCCAUCGGGGAGAAACUGGGAGCCGCCGACCACGGAGCCUCCGGGGCCGGUGGAGCAGGCGGUGGAGCAGGGAGCGGAGGCCGUAGUGAGGAGUACCGGCGCCGCCGCCACACCAUGGACAAGGACAGCCGAGGGGCGGCAGCCACCGAGCACCGCUUCUUCCGCCGUAGCGUGAUCUGCGACUCCAAUGCUACAGCCUUGGAGCUACCCAGUUUGCAGCCCGCAGCGCCCUCGGUCCCUGUCUCGGGAGGCAGCGCAGCUCCGUUGGUUUCUCCUCCCGAGGGUGCCAUCCGGACUUCUUGCAUCGCUGUCAGUGCUGCCCAGCCUCCCUCGCUGCUGCAGAAGCCGCCACCGCCUGCCCCGCUUCCCCUCGAAGGACAGUCUGCUCAGGAGCCCCCUGCCGCAAAGGAUGCUGCCCCGCUGCUGCCCAAGGAGGAGGAGGACGAGGCAACUGCGCUACCCCCCACCAGUGCCGCUGGCAGCGCGUCAGCUGCCAGCCGGGAAUUUGAGGAGCGGAGAACACAGCAGGAAGACAUUGAAGAGCUUGAGACCAAGGCAGUGGGCAUCUCCCCGGAUGGCCGCUUCCUGAAGUUUGACAUCGAGAUUGGAAGAGGCUCUUUCAAAACUGUGUAUAAAGGACUGGAUACAGAUACCACUGUGGAAGUCGCCUGGUGCGAGCUGCAGGAUCGGAAGCUGUCCAAGUCAGAGCGACAAAGAUUUAAAGAAGAAGCUGGGAUGCUGAAAGGGCUUCAGCAUCCCAAUAUUGUCAGGUUCUAUGAUUCCUGGGAGUCUACAGUCAAAGGAAAAAAGUGUAUUGUUCUUGUGACAGAGCUUAUGACAUCUGGAACACUGAAAACGUAUUUGAAAAGAUUUAAAGUGAUGAAAAUUAAAGUACUGCGAAGCUGGUGCCGUCAGAUACUGAAAGGCUUACAAUUUCUACACACGCGCACUCCUCCCAUUAUUCAUAGAGACUUAAAAUGUGACAACAUCUUCAUUACUGGCCCCACUGGAUCGGUCAAGAUUGGAGACCUUGGUCUGGCAACCCUGAAACGAGCUUCUUUUGCCAAAAGUGUGAUAGGUACCCCAGAGUUCAUGGCCCCUGAGAUGUAUGAGGAGAAAUAUGAUGAAUCCGUUGAUGUAUAUGCUUUUGGGAUGUGUAUGCUAGAGAUGGCCACGUCUGAGUAUCCUUAUUCCGAGUGCCAAAAUGCUGCGCAGAUCUACCGUCGAGUUACCAGUGGUGUCAAGCCAGCCAGCUUCGAUAAAGUAGCAAUCCCUGAAGUGAAGGAGAUUAUUGAGGGAUGCAUUCGGCAAAACAAAGGUGAAAGAUAUGCUAUUAAGGACCUCUUGAAUCAUGCUUUCUUCCAAGAAGAGACUGGAGUACGGGUAGAACUAGCAGAGGAAGAUGAUGGAGAGAAAAUUGCCAUUAAACUCUGGCUGCGAAUUGAAGACAUCAAAAAACUCAAGGGCAAAUAUAAAGAUAAUGAGGCAAUAGAGUUCUCCUUUGAUUUGGAGAGAGAUGUCCCAGAGGAUGUAGCACAGGAAAUGGUGGAAUCUGGCUAUGUCUGUGAAGGGGAUCACAAGACAAUGGCGAAAGCUAUCAAGGACAGGGUAUCUUUGAUUAAGCGAAAGCGAGAGCAGCGUCAGUUGGUGCGAGAAGAACAGGAGAAGAAGCUUCAGGAAGAAGGUAGUCAGAAGCAGCAGCUGGAGCAACAGCAACCAUCGAGUGCUUCCCAUGCAGGGUCAAAGCAUCCCCUAUCUGUCACUGGUACUACUCCUGUCCCCACUACUUCAGCAUCGGUUUCUACACAAGUGGAGCCUGAAGAACCAGAAGCUGAUCAACACCAACAACUGCAAUUCCAGCAACCCAGUAUAUCUGUUCUUUCUGAUGGGACAGUUGACAGUGGCCAGGGGUCAUCUGUUUAUACCGAAUCAUGUGUGAGCAGUCAACAGACUGUGUCGUAUGGUUCCCAGCAUGACCAGUCAGUCUCAACAGCUGCAGUCCAGGGAUAUGCAGCUUCAGUUGGCCAAGUGCAGUCGCAGCAACACGGAGGAUAUCAGCCACCUGCAGCGCCUCAGCAUCCGCGUGGGGGAACACCAACGUUCCCAGAUUCACAGAUAUUUUUCCCAACCGUUCAUGAACGGCCGGUGUCUUUCUCGCCACCACCUGUCUGCCCGCCGAAGGUGGCAGUUGCUCAGCGGCGCAAGAGCACUUCAUUUUUGGAAGCCCAAACUUGCCACUUCCAGCCAUUGCUGAAGACUGGCCAGAGUUUAGUUCCACCUGGUGGUAGCCCCACCAAUUGGACACCAGAGGCGUUCGUUAUGCUGGGCACAGCAGCUCAGAGAGUCGCUGGAGAGCCUCUGCAUGUGCAAGUUAAUCCUUUGUUUGAGCCAGCUCCUCUACACAGUGACUAUAGAUCUGGACCAACACCUCCUGAGGAUGCUCACUACAGAAUGCAUCCAGAAGCUGUAUAUUUGGUGGGCAUGCACUAUCCAACACAGACACAAGUGCAAGGUCAGUCAGCCUCAAGCAGUGCAUCAGUGCCAUCCCAGCCUACCCAGCACACUCAGCAGAAUGCACAGCAGCCAGCUGCUUCUCAACAGCCUGGACAGUACCAGCUGCAGCAGCCUUCAGUUUCUGCUGGCGCCACUCCCACACAAACUGUCUCUCAAACUCAAACUUCACAGAUUAUGCCAAUGCCUCAGGCAGCAGCUGGGACACAGCUUCCUGUUUCCCAACCAGUGUCGAUCAUCCAAGGCGAGCCUCAAUUACCUGUUGCAGCACCUUCUCUCCCACAGCCUUCAGUUGCCCCAUCAGUCCCCAUUGGCUCUCAUUUUCUACCCAUGGGACAGCCCUUGCCUAAUUCCAUGGUUCCCCAGUUCUCAGUCUCUCAGUUGCCGGUAGCAGCUUCCCAUGUGUCAGUGGCUCAGCCAGGUUUCCAGUCACUGCCCAUUUCAAUGGCAGCUGGUAUGAAUCAGCCAUUGCUCACACUGGCAACGUCUGCUGCCGCAACCGCUGUCCCUGUAGGAUCAACUGUUGUCCCUAGCCAGCUUCCCACACUGAUGCAGCCUGUGGCUCAGUUGCCCAGCCAGGUUCUCCCGCAGCUCCUGCAGCCGGCUGUCCAGUCCGUGGGAUUGCCAGUCAGCAUUGGACAAGCUGCUGAAGCUUCGCUUCCUGCUGGAGAUGCUCUUUACCAGGGCUUCCCAUCUCGGCUUCCGCCUCAAUACCCAGGCGACUCGAGUGUUGCACCUUCCUCUGCUGUGGCCUCUGUUAGCAUUCCUUCUGCCGUACUGUCCCCUCCCCUACCUACAGAUGCAGUGGCUCAGCCGGGCUACCUGGCUCCUGUUGUGCAGCCGUAUGGGGAGCAGAACGUUUUAGUUCCCAUGGGCAGCCUUGGAGCGCAGGUUCAAGUGCCCCCGCCUACAGUGAGUUUAGCACAACAGGCUUCAUCUGCCUCCUCACAGCAGGCAGUUUUGGAGGGUUCUCAAGGAGUCUCACAGACUGCUCCUCCAGAGACUCUUCCAGCAACACAGCCUGCUCAGUCUACCCCUUUAGCUUCCUCUAUGGAUAGUGCGCAUUCUGAUGUUGCUUCGGGACUGAGUGAUGGCAACGAGAAUGUUCCAGCUUCUAGCGGAAGGCAUGAAGGGAGGACUACUAAACGUCACAUGCGGAGGUCUGUCCGCAGUCGCUCUCGCCAUGAGAAGACUUCUAGGCCAAAACUGAGAAUUCUAAAUGUUUCAAAUAAAGGGGAUCGCGUAGUGGAAUGCCAGCUAGAGACACACAAUCGGAAAAUGGUUACUUUCAAAUUUGAUUUGGAUGGUGACAACCCUGAGGAAAUAGCUUCAAUUAUGGUGCAGAAUGAGUUUAUUUUAGCAACUGAGAGAGACUCAUUCGUAGAACAGGUACGAGAGAUUAUUGAGAAAGCGGAUGAAAUGCUAAGUGAGGAUGUAAGUGUGGAGCCAGAAGGUGAUCAGGGUUUGGAGAGUAUGCGGACAAAAGAUGAUGGCUUCUUUCCAGGGUCGCAGAAAUUAGAGUUCAAACAGCCAGAUCCUACAUCUUCCAUGCCACAAAGAAUAGGGGUUCCUCCUAGCUCCUUUACCCAGGUUGUCCAUUCUGCAGGAAGACGGUUUAUUGUCAGCCCUGUCCCUGAGAGUCGGUUAAAAGAACAGGGCUUUUUCACAUCUGCUAUUCCUGGAGCAAAAGAAACUCCGGAUAUGGUUGCUGCUUCUCCACUGCAUGGUCCUGGAAUGAAUCUCUCCCACUCGGCAUCAUCACUGAGCUUGCAGCAAGCUUUCUCUGAGAUGGGGCAUGCUCAAAUGACAGAAGGACCUAGUACAGCUCCUCCAGUGUUCAAUCAAACAGUAGCGCCAUUUCCACCUGCACUUUCUACCAUGGCGGGCAGUGGUGCACCUUCUGCAUCUGUGGCUGCUUCUUCAAUAUCUGUUCCCUCCAGCACAGGUGUUUCUCUUCCAGGUUCUGUUACUUUGCCUUCAGAAAGUGCAGCUGUUGGAGUUGCACCAAGUGCAAGUGUGCCAAGCUCUAGUUCUCCACCUCCAGCCUCACAAUCUGGACAGCCAUCAACUGGUGUCGCUUCCAGUGUGAGCGCCCCUGCUUCUUUCUCCUUACCUACCACAUCCCAGCCUGCUCAAUCAGUAACUGGAGACAUUGCCCCCAGUAUCAGCACACCGUCUUCUUUGGCACUGCCAUCUACCCAGGUUCCUGGUGUCACUGGCCUUGGUGUCGUUGCACCAGCUGCGACAUCUCAGUCUACUCCUCAGAUUGGAAGUAGUAUGGCAGCACCACAGACAUCUGUUGCCCUGUCUCUGUCUCAGAAUGUGGCUUUGCAGCUUCCUCAGCUUAGUAGCAGUGGCUCUGUCUCCAAUCUGGCAGAAACAACAGUUGUAAGUGCUCCACAGUCACUACCUGAGAGUGGGCAGUCUAUGGAUGAUAAAUCACAGCUCUGCAAUGCAGCUGGCUUAUCUCUUCCAAUCUCUGCACCUUUAUCGUCCUCAGCAGCAACAAGCAUAUGUGGUUCAGUCACUCAGCCAGUGAUACAUCCCUUACUUGUCCCAUCAGGAAUUACAUCAACACCCGUCCUACCCCAGAUUCCAGGUGCAACACCCAUGUUGCCCCAGGUUCCCUUACCUGGUGUCUUACCACAACCAGUUACUAACUUGCCUGCAGUACAGCAAACGCUGAUACACAGCCAGCCUCAGCCAGCUCCGUUACCCAAUCAGCCUCAUAUUCACUGUCUGGAGGCUGAUGCUGAUGCUCAGUCUAAAGCUCCUGGUAUUGAUGAUAUAAAGACCCUGGAAGAAAAGCUACGCUCUCUCUUCAGUGAACACGGUAACGUGGGAACAGCGCAUCCGUCAGUAUCUCUGGAGACAUCGUUGGUAAUGGAAACUACAGUUAUUCCUGGGAUACCAACCACUGCUGUUGCACCAACUAAACCCCUGACAUCCAUUAGCACUUGUAUACCUCCGAGCAGUUUGCCUCUUGGACCCACUGGCUUGCCAGUGCUGACUCCAGUUGCCACUCCUGGGCAAGUGAUCACCCCAGUCAGCUAUAUUUCGGCAUCGAGCAGCAUUGCAACAGCAGUAGUGAAACCAGGAACCUCUCCUUCAAAGCCCCCUCUUAGCAGGGUACCGGUGCUACCAGUAGGUUCUGAACUUCCAGCUGGCACUCCAUCCAGUGAGCCGCUGCCACCUUUUCCAGGACCUUCACUAACUCAGUCCCAGCAGCCACUGGAAGAUCUGGAUGCUAAGCUGAGAAGAACCCUUAGUCCAGAGACCAUUCCAGUGACAUCUGCUCCUGCCUGUUCUGUGCCCUCAGUAGCAUCUACAACGGUUACCGGGCUGGUGUCCACAGCAACACAGUCUCUGAAGGAUGCUUCAGCAUCAUGUGGUGGAGAGAGCAGUGCCAUGGCCACCACGGCAGGAGCCGGGGUUCUUAAGAUGGGACGGUUUCAGGUAUCCGUGGCAGUGGAUGAUGUGCUAAAAGAGGGUGACAAACCUGUAACUAAGCCGGUGCAAUUUGAAACCACCUCCACUGAUUCUUCAUCUCUUUCUGGCAGUAGCCCAGAGAGUACAUUGGUAAAGCAGGCUGGCAGUCGGAAAAGUGAGGCUGUCCCUGACACUUCCUUGCCUGUGGUAGAUGGUAUUUCUCAGACAGUUCCUGUGCUGCAAUUACCAGUAGAUGUUGGUCAGCCUACUAAGGUCGGGCGCUUUCAGGUAACAACAACAACGGAUCAAGUGGGGCGCUUUUCGGUGUCAAAGACUCAGGAUGAGGUCAGCUGUGCGGAGAAAGAGCCAAUGACUCUUCCUCUCUUUGUGGACUUGGAACAAGUUGCUUCUUCAGCUCUGAAGAAAGAGUUGGAGUCAAGGCAGUCCCCACACAUGAACGGCCCGUCCUCUGAACUGGAGGCUGCCUUCUUAAGCGGGAUGGCUAAGGAUUUGGAUGAUGGCUCAGGGAGCCCAGACUCCCUCCAGCCCCUGGGGUCGAAGAUCAGCCUCCCUGUUCAGAGCCUUAGCAACUCAUUCAACUCUUCCUACAUGAGCAGCGACAAUGAAUCGGAUAUUGAAGAUGAAGACUUGAAAUUGGAACUCCGUCGGUUACGGGAGAAGCACCUUAAAGAGAUCCAGGAGCUGCAGAGUCGCCAGAAGCAGGAGAUUGAGUCACUGUACAUGAAAUUGGGAAAGGCUCCACCUGCAGUAAUUAUUCCCCCAGCUGCACCCCUUUCUGGAAGGAGGAGACGACCUACUAAAGGAAAAAGCAGCAAGUCCAGUCGUAGCAGCUCCCAGGGAAACAAAAGCCCUCAGCUAUCAGGCAAUCUGUCAACUCAAAGUGCGCCGUCAGUCUUGCCCCCGCAGCAGACUCUUCAUCCUCCUGGUAGUGUGCCGGAGACCGGGCAGAACCAUUUGUUACAGCCCCUCAAACCUUCACCUUCUAGUGAAAAUCUCUACUCUGCCUUUACCAGUGAUGGUGCCCUUUCGGUACCAAGCCUUUCGGCACCAGGCCAAGGGACCAGCAGCACUAACACGGUCGGGGCUACAGUGAACAGCCAAGCACCCCAGCCUCAGGCUCCUGCUAUUGCCUCAAGCCGGAAGGGGACUUUCACAGAUGACCUGCACAAGCUGGUAGAUAACUGGGCCCGAGAUGCCAUGAACCUGUCUGGCAAGAAAGUUGGCAAAGGGCAUAGCAACUAUGAGGGCCCUGGAAUGGCAAGAAAAUUCUCGGCACCGGGUCAGCUCUGUAUCUCUAUGACAUCUUCCCUGGGUGCUACGCCCAUCUCUGCAGCAUCAGCUACCUCUUUAGGUCCCUUCACGAAGGCCAUGUGCCCUCCGCAGCAGUACGGUUACCCAGCAGCGUCUUUUGCCACUCCAUGGAGUGGGACGGGUGGUCCGGCGCAGCCACCGCUUGGCCAGUUCCAGCCUGUGGGUGCCGCCUCUUUGCAAAGCUUCAACAUCAGCAAUUUGCAAAAAUCGAUCAGCAACCCUCCAGGCUCCAACCUGCGGACCACUUAGCCGCGCUCGGAGGCCACGCUGGCUAGACCUUGGGACAGGACGUGGGGAGGGAGAUGGGGGCCCUGUAUCAACUACUAGUGCUGCAAUGAACUGGUAGUUUGCCAGACUGGGAAUGAAUUUCUCUUUUCCAACCAUUGCUGUCAGCUCUCUGUAAAGGGAGUUUCCCCACACGCUUUCGAGGGGGAGGAGGAUGAUCAGCAUCCUUACGAUGGGACAGUGCUUUUGACCGAGGGGUUCUGCUCUUGUUUGGAACAAGAGCCGUGAAGAGAAGUCACGGGGUCGGUUAAUGCAGUCUUGCUGUAAAAUUUCUCUCUGGUUGUUGGCUGAAUCCACACGUGUUGAGUUGGGAGAGCGGGAUCCUAGCAUGAGGCUUUAGCACACUUCUCAUCUCUCCCUGAAGAAUCAAGACCAGGAGAAAAGCUGUCCAAAUCCCCCUCCUCUCCCUCUCCCCAGUCAAUUGUAUCUGGCUCCGAAACGAUGGGGCACACGAAUGGACUUGCAGUGCAGCCCGUGCUUGAUAGGUCAUUACUGCUUUAAGUAAGAUAUUAACAGCUUUGACUGCAGCAUUAGAGCAAUUUAAAUUGUUUAAAAAUUUUUAAAAGUUCCCUGCGGACAUGUACUUACCAUCAGUUUUGAUGUGGAAACACUGUGAUAUAUAAAUGUUGUUGGACAACAGUAGUUUAAAAAUGAGUGGAAUAUAGAGGGUUAAAAAAGUUAAAAAGAAAAAAAUGGGAAAAAAAGCUAGCUAUAUCCUUAUACUUAUUGGAGACACUUUAACUUUCCUUUGUAUUUUCAUUGUAUUAGAUAAAUAAAUGUGAAUGUAAAAUUGUAUAAAUUAAUGUACUUGAAUACUUGUCUGUUCUCCCAGUAUGCUUGCUGGAUAUUUUAGUGCCUUGGACUUCUCUUGCUUCUGCAGUUAGCAGCGUCUUCCCAGCGGAGCCCCAGGUGGAGAGAGGGCAGGUUCAGAGAGGGAUGGGUUGUUCGUACCUGGUGACUGGGACAUUCGAGUUGAUGUCGCGAUACCGUUCAGAGUAGGCGUACGGAGGGGGAAGCCAUGGAGGUGGUGCGUUGGACCGGCGCUCGGUGCGUUGGGGAAACUCGUCCAGGCGGGCAGAUCUGAGGUUGCUGGUGUGACGGGGGCCAGGUGGGGGUGGGACGGAGCGGCGUGGGUGAAGCUAAUAUGGGACCGACCAAUAUUGGCUACAGAGGCAGGAGGUCUGGAUCAGAAACAGAGAGAGGACGGGGAGAACGUGUAUCUGUGGGAAAGGCCCGGCUUAAGAUGCAGUUAGACUCCACCCGCAAAGUGGUAGAGAUGUUUGGUCAGGAUGUGACUUGAGGGAGAGGUGCCAUUGUUCGUUGGCGUGGGCUUGUCUGCUGGGAUUGCUUUUCUUACCUUCUUGUUUUUGGUUGGGUUUUUUUGGUUUUGUUUUUUUUUUUUUUAAUAAAAUCCAUUUAAGCCAGGAAUAGACUGUCCUGGUGCGACGUCCAUUGCCGGCAAUGGAUGUACUUGAAACAGCCGGCAUCAAGAAGUUUCCUCUGUCUUACUUGCAGGAUUUCUGAUUUUGUUAGCUCUAACAAAUUUCAAGCUGGUACCAGGACUGUAUCUGUCACCUCUUGGUAACUGUACUGUACCUUCUGCUUUGGUCGUUCUCCCUUUUCAUAUUUAAAAAGAUACUGGUUUCCUCUUCCAAGUAAAAAUAAUACCAGCCAGUAUUUAUGUAGUGCUGCAAGAAGCUGUGAAGGAUGCGAGGACUGCUUCCUGGUUCCGGGGAGCAGCUCUCCGGUAUCCCGCAAGCUGGUGCACCACGGAGGUGGUGUUAUUGAAUUUUUGUUUUUUUUUCUGGGAGCGCUGUUCCCCCGUGGAGCCUUAAUAGGGAGGUUUUUCUGUCUGCAGGUGUUCUCACUCUUUUAUUUUUAAAGAAACGUGCAAGAUCCGUUCCUUUCUUGUCACUUUUUUUUUUACAGCUGUUUUGGCAGCAGGGGCAGGCGCAGGCUGGAGAGGGAGGCCUGAGGGGGAGAGCUGGGGGCGAGGGGGCCAGGCUCUGAGCCCCUUCGAUUGGGGGUUUAUCCUUUGUAACUGAAGUGCAGAAUAGAGCUACAGAACGAGAGAGGAGGCUCGUUGUGGAAGCGGGGGGGAAGCAGGGGUCCCUGUGGCUGAAGUGAAGCGGAGAACCUCUGCUCCUCCAUCGGGAGGCGCGCAGAGAAGUUUCCUGAAAGCGCCCGGUGCGAGGGGCGAGGCCCGCGCUGGGAACGGGAGCGGAGCAAACCUGGGGCAGUAAUGACACAAGGGGAAUAUUCAUGACAGGGGAACCAAUCAGCUGGAUGCAGCACGUGGUUAUUUAAUUUUGAUCGAAUAAGUUUGAGGUCGUUUUUUCACCUAAAGUUAUACAAGAACUGGUUUUAUUUACUAUUGAUUUCCCCUCCCCCCACCCUCCUCCUGUGGAUGAAUAACUGAAGUCUAGAGGAAUAAACUAAUGCUACUGAACUGUUAAAUUAUUUUGUUUAAUAUUACACUUUGAGUAUCUUUUUCCACAUAAAAUCUGUUUCUGAAUUACAAGCGUUUUCUUUACGUUAUUUAACAAUGUACACUGUAAAAAAAAAAAAUAAAAAAAAUAAAAUGAAUUGAAACUUUGGG